AAUUGUUUCCCGGAUCUUUAUUGGCUAGUUACUAUGGCACAAACGUAGUAUUUUCCAACGGAGAUGUUUGGAAACGUCAUCGUUAUAUUAUAAAUCCUGCGUUUAAAAGUCUACCCAUGCAUUUAUUUGAUGAAACUGCUUUGAAAUUGCUGAAAGUUAUUGAAAAAGUUGAUAAUGGACCUAUAGAAGUCAAAGAUCUUAUGCAUAGACUGACUUUAGAUGUUCUUGGAAGAGCUGCUUUUGGAUUUGAUUUUAAUAAUCUUGAAGAUCCAACAAAUGUCUAUGUUACAACAUAUAAAGAGGUGACAGAAGAAUGUGAUAAACCAAUAUAUUUUAUUUUGCCAUUCUUAGAAAAUAUCCCGUAUUUUUAUCGAACUGAAGCGCGUAAAAAAGUUGCAAAGAUUAAUGAUUUAUUUAAUGGACUUAUUGAAACCAAACGUAAAUCAAUGGAAACUGACGAAUUGAGUAAAAAAAUAGACAAUAAUUCCGCUGAUAUGUUAGAACGUAUGAUAAACGCUGCUAACGAUCCAAAAUAUCCCAUGUCAAACGAAGAAAUGCGAAGCAAUCUUGCAAUAUUUAUGUUGGCUGGUCAUGAUACUACUGCCAAUGCUUUGGCUACCGUUUUAUAUGUGUUAGCAACCCACAAGGAUGUGCAAAGCAAAGUUCGUGAUGAAAUAUUACGUGUUCUUAACGAUAACUUAACCCCAACCAUCGAACAACAAAGAGAAUUAAAAUAUAUGAACAUGGUUAUAAAUGAAAACUUAAGACUCUAUCCUCCA